AUGUUUAUUUGGGUGUAUUUUAGUUUUAGGCAUUAUUAAAAUUUUCCAUUAGGAAAAAUGUUAAAAAUAUUAUUAAUAUUGCAAACCCAUUCUCAUUCUUGUGGGCCAAAACUUGUGGCCCAAGCAAUCAAGGUUCAUGAUACUCUAAAGGCCCAAAUCACUUUUGACUCAUAUUUAGAUACGUCUCAAUUAUGUUAGAGAUUAAUUUUCCACAGAAUUGGACUUUGAGCUCAUUUAUGAUAUAAUUUAGGUGGACUAGAAGCUUAGGAAUUGUGAAGAUUGAACUGCUACAAGACAUUUUAUGGCCUAUAAUAAAACACAUCUUAAAUAUUUAGUUUUCUUGUUUUAAAUUUCAUUCCACUUUUAGUUAUUUCAUAUUUGUGUGACUUGACCCCUCUUUUUCUUAGGGGCAAUUUUAGCAUAACCUUUCCUUUUUUAGGAGCAUUCUAAUAAAACCCCUAAUUUGUAAUGAAAUUCUAAUCAAUUUCAACCUAGUUAAAGGCCCCCCUUACAGUUUUAGGAGCCAUUCAAUCAAUUAUAUAGUUUUUUUUCCUCUUCUAAGAUGUAUAUUUAGAGAAACCUGACUCGAGAUCAAAUCUUUGUGGAAUAAAGGCUUGAUGGUUUUUCAUUUUUUGGAUUUAAGAUUUAGAAUCUUCAUAGAAAUCACAUUUCUUUUGGAUUCAAGGACUUUGAAUUUCAACUCCAAAUAACUCAGACUAUGAUACAUGGUAUCAAAGCUAUACUUAGGGCUCAAAUCUGUUCUUUCUAUCACUCUUGAUCUUUCAAGUCGUCAUCUUGUCCCUCUCCGUUGCAUCAUCACCGACUGAUUUGACCACCAUGAUCAGCCUCCUCUUCACAUACUCCAUUUUUAUGGAUCUACAUCAGGUUAGAAACAUCCACAUCCACAUCCACAUCCACAUCCACUUGGUUAGCAUAAGGUUGGACCUGAACCACAGGGUCAUCACUAGGAGGCUGAUACAGCAUUUCUUCUACGUCAUUCCCAUGAAGGACACCAUCAUGUGGAUGCUGGCGGUCAAGGUGAAGCCCAAUGUGGUCGCCUUUCACUUCCCUGCUCUACUCUUCCAACCAUGUCAGCCUAGUCAACAAGGGGUUCUCCUUGUUCAGCCGCGCACACUCUACAUCGGCAUUGGCAACGUUAGGCCUUGGGUGGAGCACUACGUAGGCGCCAUUGACCUCCUUGGCCUUGCAAGGCAGCUGCAGGAGGCAUGUGGGCUCAUUAUAACGAUGCCUUGCCGGCCAAACCACACUAUUUGA